AUGUCUGAGUCUCAGCCUCCCCCAGAGUCUCGCACCAUGGAGUACAUCCCCGAAGAGUUGUCGAGAGAGAUUGCCUCCCAUCUCGACCUACAAUCCGCUCUGAGAUUGGCACGCGUCUGCAAGGCUUUGAGGGAGGCGGGUGAGAUGAGGGUCUACGAGACACUGGACAUGACAGGUUCAUGGGGUGAGGAAGCGGAACCCAAUCCAUACUCUCCCCUUGAUCUCACAACUUUGGAGGCGCGAUUAGCCAUCGUCACCACCAAGGUCGACCGGUUAAUGGUCUCCCUCGCGGCAUCUCCCCAUCGCGUGGAAUACGUUUCCACUGUCAGGCUUGAGCCUUUCGAUGGCGCAAUCGGCGAGACUGCGCACCAGCUCAUCGAGGUCUUAACGCAGGUCUCACACCGAGUCCGGCGCCUCGACAUCCUACCGCAGCCCAUGGAUCCAGCCAGGACCGUGGUCGGGUACGACAAGACCGGAUGUACCCUCUUCUUUCGCUUCAUGGCGGCCACUACCGGACCGGUAUUGGCAUUCCCCCGUAUCAAACACCUCAAAUACGCCUAUCCACCCCAAGCGGCCAUACCGGUCGGUGACUGGUUGAUGCGGAUGUCGAGCCUCGAGGAGAUAGACUUCUGCUCCUCGAUCGGCAGCUACCGGAUUAGCAGACCGUUCGUCGGGACCCAGGUCGAUCUACCCAAUCUUCGGCGGAUAUCGGUCGAUCACCAGGAUGAUAGACUAUACGCGCCCAACGACGGGGUACUCCACUCCCUCCUUGAGAUCGCGCCAGAGCUGGAGGUCCUACGUGUGAGAGGAGAAUGGGACCCUCAACGUCGUGAUUACGCGUUGCAGAGCAUGGAGACACUGCACAAGCUGAAGACGAUAAUCCUGGUGGAUUUCGAGGCGGCGGAGGCGGACCCAUCUGACGACGAACUCAUGGGCAUUACAAUGUCCAGAUUAGGGAUGGGGGAGGGCGACUUGGUCGUCGAGGAGCUGGCGGCCAAGUUUGACGAACUAGACGAGCGCAGAGAUGGUCAUCUAUAUGACUUGAGACUUCCACAAGCCCCCGCGCUUCGGCGUAUGACACUCUUCUCGUCACCGCGACCCUCGCUGUCCGAGUACGUCGCUCUCGGCUUGGCGCCCACGCCUGCAGCAACAUCGCAUAUCCCCAGAAGGUUCCUCCAUCAACUACGUCGUACCCCUCACCUCGCAUCUAUCCUCUACCUGUACCUCGAGACGCCCUUCCCCUCCACCUACAAUCCACGUCCGGCCGAACAGGCAUACUUUGUCGACUCCUCUAGAUGGGUCAGCGAGGGACAUCGAGGCUGCGUCAUCCGGUCGUAUCAAAGUCCGGCAGGCGUUCAAGGACAGAAGGACUUCUGGCACGUCCGGAUACUAUCGCGAGCGAGGGAGUCGAAGCGGGGAGUGGCGUAUGUCGGGACUCAGAGAUGCUGGAGGGAUAUGACGGAGUACCAGGGUCGCCGAGUACCGCGGGAUGUGCUCCAGACGGUGUAUAGGGCGGCGGGGAUGGAAUCGGACUUUGAUGAGGGUGGCAGGGAUAUGGAGUUGGGGCCUGGUCAUGCGGCACGAGCAGGAGCCCUAGGGCCAUGGGGACGGUGUCGCACCAACUCCACUCGCCACAACGCAUCUACCGCGCAGAUCCAUGCAUCAACUACGUCGAUCGCCCCUUCUUGCUUCCAUCCUCUAUCUCCACAUCGAAGAGCCGUUCCCUUCAGUAUAUUGUGCCAACCCCACCGAACAGACAUACUUCAUCAACUCCCUCCGUUGGGCUCGCGAGGGCCAUCAAGGUCACGUCAUCCGCGAGUACGAAAGCCCACGAGGCAUGGAACCGCCAGAGGAAUUUUGGCAUAUACGCAUCCUGUCCCGGGCGAGGCGGUCAAAGCGGGGAGUAUCGACCAGACCCAUUACCAGGGUCGGCGGGUUCCUCGGCAUGUUCUGGAGGCGGUAUACAAGGAGGCGGGUAUGGCGUCAAGCUUCGAAGAAGGCGGUAGAGGGCUGCGGCUGGGGGAUGGGGUCGGGGCGUGGGAGAUUUUUAGGGAGUGGAGAGGGACUGUAGGGGACGAGACGGAUGAGGAGGACAACUUCGUGCUGGACGGGACGGAAGAUGAUGACCUCCUGUCUGACGAUGAGUGA